AUGAACGAUGUGAAGGCGAAGAGACAACGGGUUCUGAACCAUCUACAACACAACAUCUAUAAAAAUGCGGAUCUCUAUAGUACUGAAUUUUAUGAGCAAUUCGAUAAAUUCCUUUUUAAUUAUAGCAUGCUUUUAUUAAACCCGUCGAAAAAAAACGAAUUAUUGUGCAGCCAGUUAAGCUUUUUAUGUUAUACAAGCCACUUUUUUAGCAAAAAAAAAAAUGAAAAAAAAUUAAAAAAAGUAGAUGCAGAAAAGGGUCUAACCAAUCAAAACGGAAUCAAUGGAGAAAGCAAAGAAGAUGGCGAAAAUGGCGAAAAUGGCGAAAAUGACGAAAAGGACGAAAGUGAUAUUGGGAACUAUUCGGACAUAAGCAUAGACUUCGGAAGUAGCAGUGAUGGAUACGAGGAUGAAAACCGUAGUUGCAAUGUAGAUGCGAAUAGCGAUUCAUCUGCUAGAUGUAGUAACCCCUUACAGAAUCAGGAUAAUAUAAUAAAUUUAACAAAUGAAGGAAAAAAUAAUUGUGAUAUAAACGAGGAAGAAAUUGUUUUUCAAAAAAAUAUAAUAGAAAAUAAAAAAAAGGAAAUACUAAAUAGAUUAAGUGAGCAAGCAGAAGAAAAUAUUACAUUAAUAACACAACGUGAAGAACAUAAUAAGAACCCAUUAUUAUUAUAUAACGAAUUAAAUGAAUACAUAAAUUUAUUAAUGAUUAAAAAUAAAGAAGAUAUAAAUUAUGUUGAAGAAUUAUAUUUUUUAUGUUGUCAAUUAGUUAUACAAUAUAAAAACAAUUUAUAUCCAAGUAUAUUAUUAAGUAUUGUCAAAACAUUUAAACAAAUAAAAAAAUAUAUAGAUUAUAUAAAAUAUAUUCAAAUAUUAAUAUAUAUGAGUGAUAUUUCGAUUCACAAAAUAAAAGGUUAUAUAUAUAAAUGUGUUAGUAACAUAGUUAUAUAUAUAAAUAAAAAAACAAAAGAUGAAAAAUUAAAAAAUUCAGUUUUAGAUUUAUUACAUGAAGCUUUUGCUGAAAAUAGCCAAAGAAAAAUUAUAAAAAAAAAAUAUUCAUCUAAUAUAGAUAAUUUUGUAUAUUUUAAAAAUAUAAAAAUAAAUGAAUCUAUAAAUAAUUUUGCAUGUAGUAUACUUAUUGAAAUGAUCAAAAAAAAUAUUUAUAUCCAAAAAAAAAAAAAUAUAAAUAUAAUAUCUGAAGGAAUAUUUUACAAAAAUUUAAAAAUAGUAAAAUGUGUUGCAUAUGCAUUAUUAGGAAAAUAUGAUAUUAAAGAAUUUUCAAUAAAAAUAAAUAAAGAAAUUGAAAAUAAAAAUAAAAACAUUGAUGAGUUGAAAUCGAUAAGUAAUCAGACACAUCAAAAAAUGACAAAAGCUAAAAUAAAAAGAUUGCAUCUAAAAAAAGGCAAAAUUAUGGAUGAACUAUCUAAUAAUAAAAAUUCAUCUGAUGAUGAAAAAGAUAUAUAUGCAUCUAAUUAUGUUAACUAUUUAUUUAUAGAUUCAUUAUUUGAUCCAUAUUCAUUUGCAUCUAAAAUAUUUAAUAUUAUAUAUACAAAAUAUAGAUCUAAUAAUAAUAAUAAUAUCAAAAUUUUACUUUUAAAUAUUUUAUGUCGAAUAUAUCAAAGAUAUAAAAUUAUAGAAGAAAACUUUUUUAUCUAUUUUGAAAACACAAUAUAUCAUUUAAAAAAUAAAAAUACAUUGUCAAAAUAUUUAUCAAUUUUUAUUCAAUCACUACAUGAUGAUAUACCAAUACAAUUUGUACAAAGAGUUGUCUAUGUGUUAAUAAAAAAAUUUUUAAUUUUAAAUUUAUCAGAAGAAUUUGUUUAUUUAAUUAUUAAUUCAAUUAUCGAAAUUAUUAUUAAAUGUCCCAAUUCUUUAAAUGAUGAAAUAUUUGAUUCUGUUUUAAUAUUUAAAGAUUAUAAAAAUAAAAAUAUUUCCAUCCUUAUUCGACGAUUUAUUAACGUUGCAAAAAACACAAAUCCUCAUGUUAUGUCUAAAAAAUUAUGGGACAAAAAAACAGCUAUGUUGGUUCAGCGCGAAAAGCUUCUCUCAACCUUACCCUCAACUCGACACGACCAAUCUCUCUUACAGUAUUCCUACUUGCUCGAUCGAGCCUCGAGGGGCAAACGCGCUCGUGAGGAGGAAGAGGCAGAAGUAGAUGAGGAAGAGGUAGAUGAGGAAGAAGUAGAUGAGGAAGAGGUAGAUGAGGAAGAAGUAGAUGAGGAAGAGGUAGAUGAGGAAGAAGUAGAUGAGGAAGAAGUAGAUGAGGAAGAGGUAGAUGAGGAAGAAGUGGAUGAGGAAGAGGCAGAUGCAGAGGAGGAAGAGGCAGAUGCAGAGGAGGAAGAGGCAGAUGCAGAGGAAGAAGAGGCAGAUGAGGAAGAAGUAGAUGAGGAAGAAGCAGAGGCAGAGGCAGAGGCAGGUGGAAAGAUAAACGGGAGCCGAAAAAAGGCAAGGAGAGAAAAAAAGAUAAAAAAUGAGUUGAUGAUACAAAAAAAAAAUGAAGAAAUAUUAAGCGAAAGAAUAUUGACAGAUGACGAUUUUAAAAAAUUAAAAAAAAUGAAAGAAUAUAUUGAAAAUAAUAAAAAUAUAGUUUUGUCCGAAUUAGCAGAAAUAUGUAAUGAUGAAUAUGAGGAUGAUGAUGAUACAGAUAGUGACAGUGAAAAGGAAAAAAUAAUAACAGAAGAUCAAUUAUUAUAUAAAAAAAAAUUAAAAAAAAAAGAAAUUAUUAAAAUUAAAAAUACAACUAAUGGAGAAUCUCGAUUUAAAACCAACAAAGAAAAGGAAAAAAAAAAAUCUGUUAUGAUGCUUAUGCAAAAAUUAAAAAAAAAAAAAAGUGCAAUAACACAGUAUGGGAAACUUAAAAAAAAAUUAAAAGGAAAACUAGCUGCUAGAGCAAAAAAACGACAAAUCAUAAACAAGCGGGUUGCUAAGAAAUUAAGCAGGCGCAAAAGAUAG